GUCUGAUUGGAGGGAAACCCCGUGGAUUAGCCCGAGCGCCCGUGAGAAUCAGCUGUGAGCCGCGGUUAGCUUAGCUCCGACAGGACCAUCGUUAUUCCCCGAGACUCAGCACUGAGCAGCCAUGGACAAGAGCGAGCUAGUGCAAAAAGCCAAGCUGGCCGAGCAGGCAGAGCGAUAUGAUGACAUGGCAGCCGCUAUGAAGGCUGUCACCGAGGGUGACAUUGAACUGUCCAACGAGGAACGCAACCUGCUCUCGGUGGCUUACAAGAAUGUGGUGGGUGCCCGCCGUUCCUCCUGGAGAGUGGUCUCCAGCAUCGAGCAGAAGACGGAGGGCAGCGAUAAGAAGCAGCAAAUGGUCAAGGAAUAUCGGGAAAAGAUCGAGAAGGAGUUGAAGGAGAUCUGCAAUGACGUACUGGUUCUUCUGGACAAGUAUCUCAUCCCCAAGGCGACCCCAGCUGAAAGUAAAGUCUUCUAUCUGAAAAUGAAAGGCGAUUACUUUCGCUACUUAGCGGAGGUGGCUCUGGGAGAGGAGAAAAACUCUAUCAUUGCCAAUUCACAGGAGGCCUACAGGGAUGCCUUUGAAAUCAGCAAGGCAGAGAUGCAGCCCACACACCCCAUUCGUCUGGGCCUCGCGCUCAAUUUCUCCGUAUUUUACUACGAGAUUCUCAACUCGCCCGAUCAGGCCUGUAAGCUUGCCAAAACGGCUUUUGAUGAGGCCAUUGCAGAGCUCGAUUCCUUGAAUGAAGAAUCGUACAAAGACAGCACAUUGAUCAUGCAGCUACUGCGGGACAACUUGACACUGUGGACUUCAGAUAACCAGGGCGACGGCGAAGAAGCCGAGGAGGGCCGGGAAAACUAAGUCUCACUCUGUCCGUCCUUCCCCUGUUAUUCAACUGCCAUCGUUCCAGCUCACCAUCAACACUGAGACCACCUCAUCGUCGACUUCUGUCUGUUUUAGUUCUUU